AUGGGACAAUGUUGUUCAGAAUUGACUGAUAAAACACGAUGUCACGAAACCGUAUGUUAUCGAGCUGAAAUGCUAAUGUCAAGGGAAACAUCUAGCCUAUGGCACAUCUUGAAGGGUACAGACCAAUGUGUGAAAGAGGGUAGAAUCCGUGGAACAUUAUUUCUACCACCGGGCAAUGGACCUUUCCCAGGUAAUUUAAAACGAAGUUUGAAUCCCAACUCUGUAAAGGAAGGAUGCUCUCCCAGACAUAAUUAGUUGAGAUAAUUUUCCAGAACAACGUUAUGAUGUUCUUUUGCCCCUCUCUCCUUCCAUAGUCUGAGACAAAAAUCAAACACAACAAAUGCAAAAUGAAAAACAUAGUGGAAACCUUAACCAAAAAAUGAAAAAUAAAACAAAAAAAGAUCAUUUGAAUAAAACAAACAACAUAUUAUGAAAAUAGAACACAGGGAAACAAAAGUCAGCCAGAACAAAGGUGAAAUUAAGGAGAAGGAAGGUGGGUUUUACUCUCUAUUGAUUCUGUGCCUUCUGAGCUCUCCCUCAGUUGUGCUUCAAUUCUCAAAACUCAAAAUAAAAAUAUGCUUAAAACAUACAGCCAUCAGUUGAAGGUUUAUGAAAUUGAUUUAACCUGGGAGGAACUUGGUUGACACUUGAGGGUGAAUGUAGAAAGUAAGGAGUGACCCUGAAUUGUGCAACAAAUAUUAGUAUAGGUAAUCACAUGAUUUCAAGUACAAUUUAUAAUAAAUAAACACGAGUAAAUUUUGAGUGGUCUUUGAAAAAAUUUACAAGAGCCUGUUUAUUCCAAAUUGUACGAGAAAAAUCAUGUGAUUACACAUUAGUAAUAUGUAGGAAAAAUAUGAAAUAACUUAUCAUAAUUAUGCAGAAGCAAAGCACGUGUAUCAAGUGCAAAAAUAAUUUAUUCGAAUCCUGCAAGUGACAUUGUGUGUUUGGUCAAAACAGUCGGUCAGUCAUAAUAUACAAUGAUAUUUUCACAUCCUAAAGGUGCAAAAAAGUUCAAAGUCCGGCUAAACAGUUCAAGGAAUUGUUCAGUCUAGUUUGUUCCUUCUUUGCACUGAAUGAACCCUCUUCUGCUUUGAAUUACCUGAAAACUGCAUUUAUCUUAAUCAAUCAGAACUGAGUAAUUUUUUCAUGUAUCUUAUUAGGAGUUAAACACAUACCUCCAUAACUUAAGGCAGCAAAUCCCAUAUUUUUUUACUGGUAUUAAACUGCUAAAAAGACCUAUUUUGGUGAAAGCAUUAAAAAAAAGGGAUUAAAAACCAACAGCAACAAGUCAAACCAUGAACAAAGACAUUCAUGAGCUCUUUCUUGAUUAAUAUCUCACAGCAUUUUCCAGUACUACUCUAUUAUUGGGACUUGAUGUGGCUUUUCUCAUGCUCAUUCAAACUAUGUUUGAUAUGUAGUAACAAGAUGGUGUCACUGGAAGGCAAUAUCUUUUUCCUUAUGGAUUAAAAUUUGUCAUAUAUGUCUCUUGGUUAUUUAUUUAUUCAUUUUUUUCCUAUGAAUUUGAUUUCUGUAAUCUAGUCUUGUUAUUAACUUUAAGCUAUUUCUAUCAAUAUUUGAAUUGGCCCUUUGAAAUGAUUGUCUUUGCAAAAUCAUCCUUAAUCUUGAACUGAUUAGUGAAGCCCAAAUUUACCCAAAUAACCUUUUAUUUUUAGGAAGGUUCUUAUGUAUGUUAACUGUAUUAUUUUAGCAUGUGGGAAACAAACCAUUAUCAAUUUGGAGCCUUCUAGUUGGGACAUGCUCAGUAAUAGAGGUGGCACCCUUUGAAAUUCUGUUUUUUUUUUAAUAUUUGCAAACUAUUUCAAUGUAUUACCUUGCAGGUACCUUUCUUCCCCUCCCCUUCCCCCUUCCCUCCCUUCCCUCCCUCCCUCCCUCCCUCCCCUCCCCUCCCUCCCUCCCUUCCCUUCCCCCUUCCCUUCCCCUUCCCCUCCCCUUCCCUCCCCUUCCCUUCCCAUUCCUUCCCCAUUGCAUUAAUUAAACAAAUUUCUGUGAAAAUUUGCUUGUUGCUAGUGAUAAGCACGAUGACCAGGUCUAAGCUCAUGUAAUCCUGUAUGCUAGGCAUAGGGCCACUCUAUAUUCCACUUUCUAGUCUGAAUGAAAGCAAAUUUAACUGCCUUUAGCUCAAGUUCUUCACCCCAUCACUGCAGUUGGGAAUGGAGGAUUUUUGUCGUCCCACGAUAAAAUUUACUUGAUUCCCCCAUAGGGCUCUGUGAUAGGGCUCUGUGAUAGGGCACUGUGCAGUUAAUUGGCAAUAAAUUUCUUAUUUAAUUUUAUUUAUACUCUGUUGGAAAUGAUUGAUCCCCCUGUUCAAGACCCAGUUCAGCCUCAUUUUUGUUCAGUUUUUGUCAUCUUCAUGUAACACUACUUGUGAUUCAACUCCAUGCUUAUACACCGCCUUUACAAAUUCCCGAUAGGAGCCAUUUCGAUUUUACAUCGGUACACUACUUCACUUUACUUAAGGCCCUGAACAGUGAGUAAUGAAACAAAUAACAGGUGCUGAAAAAUUUACUUUAACUUGCUGUGGCGACCCAAAUGGUUGCAGCUUGCAAUACUGGUCUAAAAAUGUUGUUUGUUUGUUAUUUUUUUGAGGUGUCAUAGAUCUACUUGGCGGAGCCGGUGGACUAGUUGAAUUCAAGGCUUGUCUGCUGGCCUCUCAUGGCUUUGCCGCUCUUGCACUUGCUUACUUUGCAUACGAUGAUCUUCCUGUCGAACCAGAAUACCUGGAUCUCGAAUACUUUGAAGAGGCAGCAGAGUGGUUUCGCAAUCAUCCCAGUGUUGUGUCAAAUGGCGUGGGUUUGCACUCAAUCUGUUUGGGAAGCUGGCUUGGGCUUCUCCUUGCAAGCUACCGAAACGACUUGGUAAAAGCUGUGGUAGCGAUAUCACCAUGGAAUGCCCCUUUUUGGAUUCCUUACGUAUACAAAGGAAAACUGUCAAAUGUAUUUCGUGAAAUCGAAAAUGUGCAGGAAACAGAUGAAGGCAUCAUAUAUAGCAAUUGUGUGGCGCGUGCGAAGGAAUUUGCUCUUCCUUCAGCCGAGUUAGCAGCACUCACACCAAUAGAACGAAUCACGUGUCCUGUAUUACUCGUUUAUGGAACUGAUGAUAAGAACAUUGAUUCGGAAUUCACCACAAAUUGUAUAUCUGAACGUCUGAAAGCAGAGGGAAAGGAAUCCUUAUGUACCAUUUUACGACAUCCCAAUGCUGGUCACCUAAUUGAACCUCCCUACACUCCACUUAAUCAUUCAGUGUAUAUGAAGAUUUUUAAGCAAUAUCGGGUGUUUGGAGGGAAGCCCAACGAACACGCCUUAGCGCAGGAAAUCACGUGGAGGAAAAUUUUAGAUUUCCUUGGACAAAAUCUAAGGACCUGUAAGAGCAAUUUAUAG